AUGUUGAGCAACAUUGUUAAAAUGUUCGGAAGCACGUCGCUCUGUACCACUCAAUCGGUGCUUCUGCAGUCGUCGAGAAAUACAUUUGUGCUGAAACGUCGCUUUCCACCGAAUCUGUACAAGAAGAACCAAAAGCCGGGAAAGCUACGUGGACGACACUACGUGUACGAUUUGGUUGAGGAUACGACGAUAAAGAAAAAGCCAAACCUUGAGGUCGUGCUUACCACCUUUGUCGAGGGCGUAGGAUCGAAGGGAGAUGUAGUGUCGUUAAAGCCAAAUGUGGCAUACAAUAAGCUGCUGCUGCCGGGAUUGGCCGUCUACAGAACGCCCGAAAGCGUUGCGAAAUAUGCCACCAAGAAAGAUGAAAAGGAAACGGAAGUGCACAGUUCAGCUUAUGCACAAAGGACGGUAAACAAGCUGGAAAGCCUCAUACUGGCAGUUGUCAUGAACAAGGAUCAUGCGUGGGUAAUCGAACCAUGGCAUAUUAAAACCUCGCUCCGGAAAGCCGGAUACUAUGUGCCGGAACAUGCCAUCACCCUCCCGGAAACUAAAAUCACAGGACCGGAUCUGUUGAAACAGAACAAAGAGUUCUACUGCACAGUUACAAUCAACAAUUUGGAAAAGGCGCGACUACGCUGUCGAAUCCAUCACUGGAGUACCGAACCAAGCGAAAGAUUGCCAUACGUGUUUGAGCACUGGAAACUGGAUGCGGAACCACUAUUCGGAAAAGAAGCGUAA